GGCCACGCGAGUACGUCGUCCAAGCCUUUAGCGUGUGUUUUGAGGAAGCUGCAAACAUUCGGGGCUAAUAGGCCCUAUGCCUCGUUGUAGCGUGAAAGAGCGGCAAGAAAUCCAAGGUCCGCGUUCCGCGAGGGUCGAUACCCGGAGCCCGACGACGAUGAACGUGCAAAAGUACGGCGACGACGACAGCGACGAAGAGCGCCCGACGACGGAGAUUACGUCGACGACCGGCGACGAAGACGACCUCGACGACGUGACGGUGAACGGUGAUUACCUCGACGACCGGCGGCGCGAUAAGCGUCCGGACAAGAACGAGAGCAACAAGGACAAGCCCAAGUACGCCGUGUACAGCCCCGCGAACCUCGAGAACCAGAUGCUCGUGGCCGCCGCUUUCCCAGGGAUCGAGAUACUGGCCUACCUUGAAGAGAGCGUCAUCGUGAGGGCGUGCUCACUGGUGGAGUUCGUAGUGUGCGUUCACUUCGCGCCGAACACGGCGGCUACGCUGGCUUACACGCUUCAUUACUUCGAGGGCGAGAAUCCGGGCAAGAAGGGCUUGGACAUCGGCUUCCGCCACCCGAGGGAGUUUUACUACGAGCCGGACAUGGACAGGCCACUCUGGGGUACGGCCUACAUGACGCAGGUGGCGAUCAACACCGCGUACCUAAAGAUGCGGAAUAAGGACGACGAUAAUGUAACGAAGAUCACCGUGAAGGCGUUUCCUGUGCCCGACUUCCCCGAAAACAUCGUGCGCUACCGGUACGGCCUCUUCUGGCUCGCGGCUGCCACCCUCCUCUUCCCCAUGUAUCGAAUCAUCACUCGACUGUGCGCCGAGAAUAACAGUGGCCUAAGGGAGUACCAGCUGAUGAUGGGCCUGCGCAACUGCUUCUACUGGACGGGUCACUUCUCGUGCGCCCUCUGCUUCUUCGUGGUGCACAGCGCCCUGUGCGUCUACAGCACCGUCGUGUACGCGCAGUCCGACACUGGAUCCGCGUACCUCGACCGCACGGACCCUUCGCUCCUGUUCGUCGCAUUGCUGAUUCACAGCGUCUCACAGAUACUGCUCGCCAUGCUCGCCGCCUGCGUGUUCACGUCGGUGACCGCAGCCACAGUGUCUACAGUGAUGGUGUCCGUGGUGCUGCCGUACUGGGUGCUGGAAACCAUGGGAAGCCUGGAGACGCUGGCGCAGUUUGUGUUCGGAGUGCGCGUCACGAUGCUGCUGUCGUGCGCGCUGCCCACCGUAGCCGCCUACAACGUGCUCACCAUUCUGGCCAUACAAAACGACUUUGAUGGUGGCGCUGUUUGGCAGAAAGUGCACUACACCACCUUGGGCGUGGUUCCUAUCACCGUGGUGAAUGUCUGGGCUGUCAGCGCCAUGACGAUGGCUGUCAUGAUACUGCUCAUUGGCUACCUCUCCAACGUUCUACCGUGGAACACCGCCCAUCCGCUGCAUCCACUCUUCUUCUUCAAGCCGAGCUACUGGCGGCCACACGAAGUUCGGUACAGGCGUCGUGCCUACGCCUUGGAGUACUACGAUCCUCGCUUCGAGCGUGCGCCCAGCGAUUUGAAAGCUGCCCUGGAAAUCGUGGACCUUUCGGUGAGCCACGGCAACAGCGAAGCUCUGAAAGGCGUCAGCCUGCAGGCUUUCCACAACCAGGCGACUGUGCUCGUGGGACGAAACGGGGCCGGAAAGACGACCCUCAUGAACGCUAUCGCCGGGCUGCAGACACCCAGUGGUGGAAUGGUGAGAGUGUACGGUUACGACGUGGCCAUCCACAACCGCGAGGCGCGCGUGUUGAUGAGCUACUGCCCGCAGCGGGACAUCCACUUUCCGGACAUGACCUCCUGGGAGCACCUCCUCUACUUUGGCGCGCUGAGAGACAUGAACCCCGGAUCCCUGAAGAGGGCGGCAGGAGAGGUUAUGACCAUGAUCCUCGUGGACGCCCAUGCUCUGGCUCACGAUCUCAAGAGACGACAUGCCAAGAGGCUCAGCAUCGGCAUCGCCGCCAUUUCCAAACCCAAGCUCGUCGUCAUCGACGAGCCCACGGCCGGCAUGGACCCCGCCGACGCGCGCAUCGUGUGGGAGAUACUGCUGCGCCUGCGCGGCUCGGUGUCGCUCUUCUUCUCCACUCACAACAUGACCGAGGCGGACGUGCUAGCCGACCGCGUUGUCUGCCUCAGCGCCGGCAUCGUCAUUUGCAACGCGUCGCCGUCUCAUCUCAAGUAUUUGUACGGCGUGGGCUACAAGAUGACCCUGGGGAAGAACACGUCAGUGCCCUUCCAGCGUAAGCAGGUGAUGUCCAUCAUUCAGAGAUGUGCGCCCGAUGCCACGUACCUGCGCGAAUCGCCCGUCACGGCCACGAUCGCUCUGCACACGGUCGUGACGCGAGGGUUCGACCGCAUGUUCCUGGACCUCGAGACACGCUCUGGGCAGCUUGGCAUCACCUCCAUCGGACUCGGUGUCUCUACGCUCAAGGAUAUCUACCUCAAGUUGACCAUGGCGAGCGUGUCUCUCAGCGAGAAAACGUCUUGGGGACACCAAUUGCCUGCCAAUCUGGCAACUUUGGUGAGCACUCGCGGCGCGAAGCCGGGCAUCUGUGCGCGCUUCUCGGCGUUGAUGUUGGAACGCUUGCUGUUCGUUCGAACCCACUGUCGGUCGAGGCUGCUCGGCAUCCUGGUACCCGUGCUGGUCUUGGCGGCCGCCUUCCACUGGAUGGCCGCGGGCAAACCGGAACGCGAGAACGCCACGGCUUCCAUAAUUCUGGUGCCGGUGUCCCUGCAAGAUCUCUAUCCCGACGCCCACGUCUUCCUCGACGAUGACGCCGAGGCCAGGAAAGGAAUCAGCCCUUACUACGUGCAUAUGAUCGAAGAGCAAGGAGUGACGCUGAAGCGCUACGACGGCACGGCGGCUGACGUGCUCCUCGAGGAGGCCAGAGAGGACUACGUGUCCUACACUAGUGGCUCCGUCCUCGGCGCCGUCUUCCGCGAUAAUGAGUUGCAGGCCUGGUUCAACCCCUACGCCACCAUGAGCAAGUCCCUGGCAUACGACCUCGUCAGCAGCGCCCUGCUUGCAUUUAAGACCGGAAGCUUCUGGGCCCGUUUCGAGACAACGCUGGCGGUGCACGUUCCCGAGGUGACUAGGCACCAGCGGAACCGGAAAGUGACGGGAGACUCGGGUGCACAAGACCGUGAAGACGACCCCAUGGGUAGCGUCGAGGAGCAGGUGUACAACAUGGCGGCCAUCUGGGCCGUGAUGGGGCCUCUGACGUUGACCCUGAUCGUGUCCUCUUACGUGGCGUUCCCGAGCGCCGAGAGUUCUAGCCGAUUCAUGCAGCUGCUGUUGAUGACCGGCGUCCCUGGGUGGCUGCACUGUCUCGUCAACCUGGUGUUCGACGUCGCCCUAUAUGUCUGGGUGGUCCUGCCGGUCUCCACGACUUUCGCGUCGUACUUCGAACUACUUAACAUCUCCUACAAGGCCCUGUUCUUGGUGUUCGCCACGUCCGGCAUACUGUGCAUCCUGUCUGCAUACGUCAUCGCUUACUGCUGCAGCACCUCCAGCAGGGCCUACGUCACAGCGUUCGUCGUGUUCGGCGUUUUCGGGGGCCAGGUCUGCUGGCCUUCUACACGAGCUGUGUGGAUGUCCAGGCAGGGGCGUGACAUCGACUUCCUGUGCAGCGCGCUGCCGCCAUGCGCCGUGCCCAUGGCGGUGAUCAAGGUGAUCGCCCUGGACUGGUCGCGGCGCGCCUGCAGGCAGCUGGCCCUGACUCGGCUCGAAAACAUUACGGCACUGGUCGCGUUCUGUCGCAAGACCAAGGACUACGAGAUCACCUACCAGGAGGACAUGUUCGCCGGCCUUCUCAAGACGCCCGUGGACAUGUGCUGCGCCAUGCUGGACGUGGAUCUCCGGGACACAAUAAACUGGAACCCACUCAAGGUGUCAGGAGCCGGGGUGGGCUUGGAGCUGUACUACCUCCUUGUGGAGGCGAUCAUACUGUUCGUCUAUCUGAGCUGCCGCAACUCGGGUCGGUUUUUUCGCUCGGACUCUGUGGGCACGCCGUCACGCGGUUCGGCCGACACGGAGGUCACCAAAGAACGGAAUACGGUGCGCCGUACUUGCGCGCAACAUGCGUUGUACAACUACGCGCUCGUGGCCGAAGAGGUGCACAAGUGGUACGGAGACGACUACGCCGUGUGCGGCUUCAACCUCGCGCUGCCCCGGGACGAGUGUUUCGGCCUGCUGGGGGUCUACGGAUGUGGCAAGAGCACCGUGGCCCAGAUGCUCGCCGCCGUGACCGUCAUGACCAUGGGCGAGGCACACAUGGACGACGCGAAGCUCUCGGAUUCGCCCCGAGAAGCCCCUGGGACGCUAGGCCGGUCGCCGCCUGCGCGAUAA